GGAAUUAAAUAUAUUAUCUUUGAGCCGCCUCGAUCCUCCUCCUCGCUCAGUUGAGUGAGUCAAUUCUAGGUGACGGAGCACUGGUUCUUGGGCGGGUGAAGCAAGCAAGGCAGAUGGAAGAGGAGCUGAACAGCCAUCCCUCCGAUGGACAAACGCGAAAUCCGGCUGCUUAUCCUAGCGGCGUCGGGCUUGGUGAAGGAGCUGAGGCUGAGCUGUUGGUGAAGGAAGCCAAGCCAGAGAAGGAAGAAGAGAAACGAAGAAAGUGAGCAUUCCAUUCACUAAUUAAAAUCAGUUCCCACACCGACCAAGCCAGAGAAGGAAGAAGAGAAACGAAGAAAGCACCCUUUUUAAAUUAGAAAUUGCUCUGUCAAAGGAAAUAAGAACACUGGCAGCUGAAGCUUUUCUUAAUGCCAGCUGGUACCAAGGGCCAACUUCAGCAAGUCUAAAAUAUAUAAUAAUAGCCUCAGAGGAGAGUGGAAUCGAGGGGAAUCCGGGAAAGAGAAGAAGAAAGGGGAAACGGGAAAGGAAGGGAGAGAGUUCUUUUUUGCCUCAAGACUUCUACUUUUAUGGUCAUUUGCUUUGAAGAUAAGGAUUGGAAGGAUAUCCAAGUUCUUUUUUGCUCAGGUAUUAUUUUGAACUUGUGAGUGGAAAACGAUUGCUCGGGUUGCAUUUUGACAUAGCUCAGCUGCUCAAGCGUUGAUAAAUGUGGUUCUAUGGGGGUAUACUGUAUAUUACAAAUGAGUGGGAAUGGGGCACACAGACUGAAGUUCAAAGCCUCACCACAAUUAAGGAAGCUGUUUCCUUAUUUCUAUUAGGAGCAGCGGAGGAGAAGAAAGGGGGAAAGGGAAACGGGUACAAGUGAAAGAGUAGAGAGAAGGAACAGGAAAGAAAGAGGAAGCAGAAAGGGAAAGUUAUUGAAUUCAUAAUAUACAAGGGUUUUAUUAUUCUCCAAGUUCGUUUCUUGCUUUGAAGAUAAGUCUUGCCUCCAGUUACAUUGACGUAUGUUUCAUCAAAACUCCAAAGGAAAUAAGAACACUGGCGGCUGAAGCUUUUCUUAAUGCCAGCUGAAAGUCUGUCUCUAACAUGGAGUCAUCAGAAUUUGGAAGUAGCCAAAACGUAAAUCAAUCUUUGAGAAGAAUUGUGCCCCCCCUGAGUUCAUCCUAAAAGAUAAGUACUCAUACUAAAUUUGGGAUUGGAAGCAGGGGCAUUUCCCCCAGCCCCCAGGUCCUCUAUGCCCUAGCGGGAGUUGUGAGCCGACGAGGAAGAUGGGAGAAAGACACUCUCUAAAAGCCCCUACUGGCUUCAAAGAACAAGACACUGUCUGGCUUUAAGAAGUGAUUAUGUCGUUCUUAUGCUGAAGUUCGCUGGUGAGUGGAAAACAAUUGCUAGAUUUGUGUUUUGACGUAGCACAGCUGCUCAAACGUUGAUAAAUUUGAAGGGGCUGUAGGGAAGGGGGUGGGAAGAAAGCAAGGAAUGAGAAGAGGAAAGCUUCAGCUGCCUGUGUACUAGUAAAAGGGAAGUAGGUAACUACCUACUUGUGAUUCUGGAAGUGCUAGUGUACUAGAAGAACCAGGGCACUACCCACUCGUUGGCAAAUGUACUGUAGCUAUUGUAGUUGGUUCUCCCCUUGAAUGUUUUUUUAUUGAAACUUUUAUUCUUUAUUGUGGCUUAGAGCCGUUUGCUUCUUUCACUGCUGUUUCAGAUCUGCUAAUAUAUGUCGUUGUUGCAAAUCCUAUUCAUUCUUUACCUCAACCUUUUUUCUUUGUUUCAAAACAUAUAAUAUUUCGUAUACACCUUUUACUUGCAGGAAAAACGCAGUGUGGAGAUGUUGGAUUGCCCCAGCCCCAUAGGAGUACGCUUUGCUUAGUACUAUAAUUAGUUUUGACUUUUUCAAUUUCCUUGGUUGUAAGGGCAUAUCUUUGUUUAAUGCCCUUUUAGAACAGUACUCCGUAUUUGUUUAUUUUAAACAUUGGUCUUUUCAGUUUUUUUUUAAAUUUUUUAUUUGGUGGUAUGUAAAACUUUAAAAUGGAAGGGGUUGGGUUCGAUUCCCUGGAGCGGAUUUUGGCCCCAUCACCGCCCUUCUAUUUUGGCCUUGCCCUUCUGAUUUUUUUUUCCGGGAAGCAGCUAGAAGAUGGUCUUACCCCAGCGGAUUGCAAUAUUCAGAAAGCCUUCAUUUUCACUUCUUUGGUGAUAUAACCUAUUUGCAACUAUGCUUGCGGGCUGCGGCUUGACUCUUUAUGAGGACAUUCUUAGCUGCUGCCAAAUGCGAGACUACUUGGGAUGCUGGUACUUCAGCUAGAAGAGCAAUUCAUAACCCUCUCGAGCAGUUCUUUGAAGCUCAUAGAAGUGUGGAGGAUGAUAAACCUGUUGUGUAUGGUGGGAGCUGGAAGGCAUCUGAGCUUCGUCUCAAGUCCUGGGAUGAUCUUCACAAACUAUGGUAUGUACUUCUCAAGGCUCAACGUCAAAUGCUUAAUGCUCAAAACUUGAGAUUUCCAAAUCCAGAAUGUAUCUCCAAGGUAAGAAAGUCUAUAUGCCGAAUCAAACACGUGCUCACAGAGAGGGCGAUCGAUGAGCCAGAUCCUAUGAGGUGUAGUGAGAUGAAAAGAAUGAUAAAUGCCGUAUGAGAAGAAUGAUAGUUGUGUUAAAAGGAAUGAAUGAGAGAUGCUGUCAUUUGAUCCAGUGGCAGAUAGACAGGUAGUUUAUGGAGUCAUAUAUUUUCUGUUUCAAGAAUUUUGUGCUGCCCAGAUGAUUUGUUGGAGCUGUGGACGUGCUCUUUUAAACACAUUCUUUGCUAGCUCGUGUAUCUGAAAAUGGAUGCUGUGGACGUGUAUCCUGGAAGUGUUUUUUUAUUUGCCUGAUGUCAUCCAUCUCCUUGGGUGGGUAGAACAAAAGAGGCAAACAAUUUUUAGACAAAAAAAUGGAAGCGGUUGGGAGUUGGGGGGAUGAUAAAUAAAGCAAAACUUUAUAUGAGUAUGUGUUACUUGAGUUCAGUUCAAAUCGGUUGAAAUUGUUAUUUUUUUUUUAAAUAUGUCAAUAUUUAUUAUUUUUUAUUAUAUUUAGUUUUGUACUAAUAGUCUACCAUAUUUUGAUGUGAUAUCUAGCCUUAUUUAGAUGAUUUGUAUUAAAUUAGUUGAUUUGUAAAUCCCACAUAAUCCUCUUGUAAUCACUCUCAAACGGCCGAAAUGAAACCAGAUAGUUUCAAAUCAAAAUUAUUGAUGUAUAUGGAGUAUAAAUUGGGUAAUUUACACAAAAAGAUCUUUGAUUUAAA